AUGUCCUCUCCAUCGGCAGCGUCUCUUGCAAUUGAAACUCUAAACGUCGAAGAUGUUUCAUUCACCGAUGAGAACCUCACGUGGACUAGCACCGGGACAUCCGAGAGCACGUCGCGCCAUGAGCUUGUGUUAGUUCGGGAGGUCAAAUCAAGCGCAGAGUCGCCGUCGCAUUAUCUUCUCUUCUUGCUCAAAGAAGAUCAAGGUAAUAAAGAGCACCCGUGUAGUCUCUCAAUUCUGAAAACAAACGAGAUUCCCUCGGAGCUUCGCAGCAUUACACUAGCAGAGCUUCCCCCUCAUUUGAAGCACGAUUCUGCUAACGAGCGUGGUAUCACAAAUCAAGUGGACGUUGUGGUCUCUGUGAAAUCUGGAGUAGGACAAGCCUUGAGAGUCUGGCAAGAUGUACUGAAACCUCUUUGGGAAUCGUUCACAGGCGACUCUGAAAAACAGCAAUAUCGUCUCAUACAGACUGAUAGUGCAGAGACCGUUCCAGAUUAUGCACGCCACUUGUGGGCUUCAGAGGAGCGUUCAAAGACGAAGACUGUUGUUCUUCUCAGUGGAGACGGCGGCGUCGUAGACCUCCUCAAUGGCUCUGAUGGAGAUAAAGUACCCCGAAUUCCACCCACAAUUGCGCUACUCCCUCUCGGAACUGGAAAUGCCCUUUUCCAUUCAACCCAUAAACCUCUAUACACCGAAUCAGGCCCAAGCCCGCUUACACUUGGACUCCGAACGAUAUUUCAAGGGGUAGGCGUUAAUCUUCCUGUAUUCCGAGCCUCAUUUUCACCAGGAUCUCGAAUCGUCAAAUUCACGGGCAAAGUCACUCCAGCCAAUGACCCAAACCAGAUGAAGAAGGAGGAAACUUCCAUCACACAUCUACAGGGGGCUAUCGUUGCUAGCUACGGUUUUCACGCGAGUAUUGUUUAUGAAAGUGAUACCCCCGAGUACCGCGUUCACGGUGACAAACGGUUUGGCAUGGUUGCCGCUGAGCUAUUGAAAGAGUCUCAUCCCUAUGCUGCAAAGGUAUCUAUCCGUCGUCAUGGUUCUGCCACCUUUGAAGACAUUCCUCGCGAAGAGCAUGCCUACGUGCUCGCAGUUCUUGUCUCAAAUCUCGAACGAACAUUCACAAUAUCGCCUUCCACUCGACCUUUGCAAUCGCAGCUUCGCCUUGUUCACUUUGGACCCAUCGGCGGUGAUCGGACGAUGGAUGUCAUGAUGAAGGCGUACAACGGGGGCAAACACAUCGGCAUGGAUUGGCCUGAUGGAGAACGUGUAGGUUAUGACGAAGUGGACGAGGUUAAGAUUUCGGUCUUGGAGAGUGAUGAGAGGUGGCGAAAGGUGUGCAUUGAUGGGACGAUUGUUGAAAUACCUAAAGGGGGAGAUAUGGCCAUCAAGAUGAUAGGCCGUGACCUUUUUAAGAUCCUAGCAAGUCCCCGGGUUCUGGAAGAUCGCGUCUAA